GACUAUCAGACAGCAGAGGGACUCUAAAGGGCUGACACGGGUCACCAGCAGAUCUGAAGAAAUCCACUUGUCCAGACAGUCGCCAUCCAUCACUGGAGCUGAAGAAUUAACUGAAGACAUAGUGGUGCUCCUGCGUGGCCUGACACCCAUGAGAAAGAAGACCUAUCAGCUCUAAUCUUCAAAGGAUUUAAUAACUAAACCACUCAAAAUGAAGGCAUUCAGCAUUGCAGUUGCAGUGACACUCGUGCUCGCCUUUAUUUGCAUCCUGGAGAGCUCCGCCCUCCCAUUUAGCGAGGUAAGGAUUUGACUUAAACUCACUUCAUUUGCUUAUUAGCCAUAAAUGUUUUGUCAGGAUGCUUAGAUGUGUCUCCUAAAUGUGCAUAAUUCAUUAACAGGUGCGAGAGCUGGAGGAGGCAGGGAGCAAUGACACUCCAGUUGCGGCACAUCAAGAAAUGUCAAUGGAAUCGUGGAUGGUAUGUUCAAUUGACUGAAUGAAUUAAGCCAAUUAACUUCAGCAAAUUAAAAUUUAAGUAGAUGAGUUUUCCCUGCGGAGUACCCCGGUGCUCUCGCUAUACAACGAGUGGAUUGAACGCCGGAGAUGAACACCUUGUUCACGUCUCUUUGUCUUUAACACAGAUGCCGAGUCACAUCAGGCAGAAGCGUCAGAGCCACCUCUCUCUGUGCCGCUGGUGCUGCAACUGCUGCAAAGGCAACAAGGGCUGCGGUUUCUGCUGCAAGUUCUGAUGACUCCUGCAACAACCCAGAAAUACUAAUUUAUUAUGCUUUUGGUCUCAUUCCCCCAAAAAACGUCCAUUCCUUGACUUCUUUCUUCAUGCAUUACCUGUCCUACACUGUUUUGUAUCAUUUUUUGAAAGUAAGAUUCGAUGAAGAGCAGUGGAAAAAAUUGUAGAGCUGUUCUUUGUAUUUAUUUUGUAUGUUUUAAUACCUUUUUCUGUCUUUUUGUAAGCUCAAUGGGAAAUGUAUGUGGUUCUAAAGUAAUUAAGAUUCACUCUCUGAAUAAAAAGUGAAUAUUUGAAACAAAUGCAAA